CUGGAAAAAAUCCAACGUUUACUUUUUACAAAUAAUUUAUUUACCACAACAGUCGGAAUACUUCCCCCAUGAUUUUAACAUUGGCCAAUGUUGCUGUUGUUAACAUACUUUUACAUUCAAUUGCCAGAUAAUUUAACAUACUUGGAAAGAUAAGUGAAGCAGGCAACCACAAUUAUGGUCAACAUAGGUCAACGAAAAGUUUAAUUGAAAACGUCACAUCAGACUACGAAAACGAUGGUUGGCUGGGACAAACGUAAAAUAUUUGUAAAGAAGGCUCUCAGUACUUAACCAGUUGCCAUUUUGUAAAAUUCGUGAUGAGGAUAGCGCGCAUCUCAACAAUUCAAAUAUCCAUUCAAUUGUAUCUUCAAAUAGGAAAUUUCAAUACAGGACAAUGUCAAAUAGAAACGAGUUAUCCAUCUGAUCCCAACAUGGAAUCGCUUCGGCUACUUUUAGCUCAGAUAUUGGUGAUGUCCCGCAUAGAACGUUGUUUUGUUGUCAUUUCCGACAAUUGGUACGAUCCCGUCUACAAUAAGGCAUUCUUUCAAUACUCCCAUGAACCGUUGACACAUUUCUAUAUCAAAAUCAAAGAUUCCGAGGAUUUGAAAGCACCAAAUUAUCAAACAGUUCGGGUAUUGAAACAAAUCAAAGUUUUCAAUUGUGACAUUCACUUCAUUACCCUGCUGAAUGGGGGUCAGGUGAAACGUUUGCUUAUGUUUUUGGAAAAGUAUCGAGUCCUUAAUACCAAACGUAAAUUCGUUUUUAUUUAUGACGAACGUUUUAUAACUGAAGAUAUGCUGCACGUUUGGUCAAAUAUGAUAUCUUCUAUAUUCGUUAAACCUUUGGAGGAGGAUGGAAGUUUCGUUAUAUCGACAAUAGCAUAUCCAAAUAUUUUGAAUGGCAUUGUGGUGACCAAACGUUUGAUAGAAUGGCCCAAGGGAGGGCAUAUAAGAAAAAUCCAAUUGUUCCCAAAUACAUCGUCGGACCUGAAAGGCUAUCAAUUACCCAUUGCUGUAUAUCAGCAUAUUCCCAUGGUGGUUGCUAAUGAAGGCGAAUCGGGAAAGUCAUUCAAUGGACUGGAGGUUGAAAUCAUCAAGUCCCUGGCUAAAGUUAUGAACUUUCAACCCGACUUCUAUGAAAGCCGUGAUACGGAGACGGAACGUUGGGGCACAAAACUACCUAAUGGAUCUUACAGCGGCCUAAUCGGACAAAUAAGCUCUUAUUCUGCGGUUAUGGUCAUUGGCGAUUUACAUAUGUUUACGGCCUAUAGUGCUGUCCUUGAUUUCAGCCGGCCUCACAGCUAUGAAUGUUUAACAUUCCUUACACCCGAAUCAUCGCAAGACAAUUCAUGGAAAACAUUUAUUCAACCGUUCAGUUCCAGUAUGUGGACUGGUGUAAUGCUAUCACUGUUGGUGGGCACGGUUUUCUAUUUCCUCUCAUUUUUACACGCCCUAUUGAUGCGCAAGAAGUCCUCAAAAUUAAAUGCAAAAUCCUUUUUUGCACCUUUUCGCAAAAGACACUCCAUUAGCCAUAUGAACAUUCAACGAUUUCGGGAUGUGAAAUUUCGUCGCUAUUUGAACCAAAUGACUGUGGCCCAAAGGCAAGAGGAUUUAUUUGAUAAUUUUUCAAAUUGUAUUCUGUUAACCUAUUCGAUGCUGAUGUAUGUCUCAAUGCCAAGAGUGCCAAGAAAUUGGCCUUUGCGGGUUUUGACAGGCUGGUAUUGGCUAUAUUGUAUAUUAAUAACGGUCAGUUAUCGGGCCAGUUUUACGGCAAUCUUGGCAAAUCCUGCUCCAAGAAUUACCAUAGACACUUUGGAUGAGUUACUGCAAAGUCAUUUAACCUUAUCCGUAGGAUCUAUAGAAAAUAAGAAACUCUUUGAUAAUGCUUUCGAUCAAGUACUUAAGGAGUUGGGUACAAGCACAGACGUUUUGACAGAUAUUACGGGUGUGACUGAAAAAAUUGCCAAAGGUGGAUAUGCCUACUACGAUAAUCAAUACUUUUUACAGCAUUUACGCCUAAUGUCUACGGAAAGUAGUGAUGACGAUGCCGUUCUGCACAUAAUGAAGGACUGUGUCGUUAAAAUGCCUGUUGCCUUGGGAUUGACCAGAAAUUCACCUCUAAAACCACAUAUAGACAAGUAUUUGGAGCGUUUAAUGGAGGCUGGACUAAUUAACAAAUGGCUGCAGGAUACUGUCAAACAUUUUCCCAACGAUGAACUAGCCCCCGCCGAGGCCAUUAUCGAUUUGCGCAAAUUUUGGAGCUCAUUUGUGCCCUUGGUAUUUGGUUACUUUUGUGGUUUCGUGGCUUUGCUGUUGGAGCAUGUUCAUUUCCGUAAAGUCGUAAUGCCGCAUCCUUUGUAUGACAAAGCUAACACCAGGUUGUAUUAUAAUUUCAAACGUAAAUUUCCCAACAACUGAAGAAUAAAGCGAUGACAUACAAGUUCCGAAGAUGAUUAUCGUUGUUAUUUUAUUAAGCAUGUAUUUUAUUAUUCAUUUUUUACAC